AUGAGUUUAAUUGUACCGAAAACAUUUGCAUUUGAAUCUCAAAGUAUCUCCGAAGGUGGCAACAAAUCACCAUCAGUCUUAUCAACACUAUCUUCGCCAGCAUACCAAACAACUCAAAAAUUUUCUCGAUCACCUUCGCUGAAUCCAUCGAUUUCAAAUCGUGUGAAACGCUUACAAGCUGGACCAUCUAUUGAAAUACCAAAUGAUUUAAGCGAAGAUGAAAACGAUUUUGAUGAUAAUGCAUCAGCUAGAGAAAAUUAUCGUUUUGCACCACAAGUUAUUCGUUCACGUUUUUCACGACGUAGUUCCUUUCAAUUGUCAACAAACUAUCAAAGACGUUUUCGUACUCCAGAACGUAAAUCUGAUCUUCCUGUUAUACAAGCACCACCACCGGGAUCUCUUUCACUACCAGGAAAGCAAUAUUCAUCGGUCAAUGGCACAUUUACAUCUGUUAUUGAUCAACAAGCAAUUUCCAUUGCUGCAACACCAGUGAAAGAAAUCCGUGGUCAAACACUUCUUCAUUUAGCUGCACGUCUUGGUCACGAUGAAAUCUUACGUUUAUUGAUCAGUGAAACUUCACAAGCUAGUGUAUUAAUGAAUGCAAAAGGACAAACACCAUUGUUAACAGCCAUUGAAGCUGGUUCCGUAUCGACAGCUACUCUACUAAUGGAAGCUGAUCCACGAUCAAUUAUUGCGAAUGAUGACAAUGGCUCAAGUGUAUUCCAUUAUGCAUGUGAACAUUGUAGCGAUGUUGUUUUACAUCGUGCUAUUACACUAUCGAAACGACUUAAUUCUACGAGUGAUCGAAUAACUGCAUUAUGUCGAAUAACUGAAAGAAAUCGUGCUGGUAAAACUCCAUUUGAUAUAGCUAUAGAAAAAGGUCAAUUGAAAUGUGUUAAACAUAUUGUAUUAUCCUCUUGGCUUGAAGCAAAUAUUGAUAUGCGAGAAUUAAUUGAUGCUUCGUCAAUGAAAAAUGCCAUCGAUCAAGAACAAUUCGAUAUAUUAACAUUUUUUGUUUCAGAACCAAAGCGUUUUGCUUAUAUUAUUCAUUUAUUAGUGGAAUAUAAUGGACGAUAUUUUAAUUUAUUAGAAUAUGCCAUAUUAUCGAAAAAGAAAGAUAUUGUGCGCUUAUUUAUCAGUGUACGCAUACCUGCUGAACAGUAUGAUUUUCGUUACCAAUAUAAACAAUUUUUGAGACAUUACAAUGAACCGUUUGUUCAAACGAAUUCAUUACCUUUUUAUCAAACACCCAUUCAACGAAUGUUAACCACGCCUGAAUGUGUUCCAUUAGUACCGCUGAUAUUAGAACAAUUUGUUAGCGACAAUGGAAUUGAUCUGUCGAUUGUGGAUGAUUGUUUAUAUACUCGACCGACAAAAGCAAGAUGUCUAUUUGGACGAACAAAAAACUUCUCAAUAGAUAAUUGGCUUCAACAACAUCCAUUAAGUUUAAUUGCAAAGGCUGAUUAUAAAGAUGUUUAUGAUCAUCAUUUAGUUCGUUUAUGUGUUGAUUUAAAAUUUAAUUUAUUUGGAAAUUUUCUUUAUUUUAUUAUACUUUGCUGUCAAUCGGCUUAUGUUGCUCUUUAUACAGGUAUUACAUUAGGUUCACCAACGCCAGUCAAUCAAGGUACAAAUUAUUAUCUAAUGGCCAAUUAUUCAUGUUUUGAUUUAUGCGUAACGUUAGCAAACGAUGUUACGAAUCCAGCUACGGACCAUCGGACAAUACGUGCUUUACGGUUAAUUCUAUUGAUUAUAUCAUGUUUCGCUUUAUUAAAAGAAAUUUUUCAAUUACUGACACAAAAAGACAAAUAUUUCCGGCACUUUUAUAUUAAUCUUAUUGAAUUACAUAUGUAUGUUAGCGCCGUAAUAUAUUCAGUAGACGUCAAUGAAUGUACACGGCUAACAGGAAUUCGUUGUUCAGCUCAAUGGAUGACUGGCGGUAUUGGUCUAUUGUCUGUUUGGACAUCUAUGUUAUUCGCUGUUAUGAAUGGUAUUAAAUUUGGUAAACAUGGCCUUUUAUUCAUAACAGUAUAUGGAACAUUUCUUAAAUUUAUUGCCGUUUAUAUUGCUGUUUGGAUUGGUUAUAUCUUAGCUUUCUAUAUGAUUUGUAAAGAUAUAAUGGCACAAUUUCAUUUUUUUAAUUUUGUAGCAAAAUUAUUAGUUAUGUUCAUUGGAGAAUAUGAUGUGGAUUCAACAUUUUUUCCAAAUAAUAUAUUAAUGCCUGGUGCAGAAGCGGCACUCAUACUUUAUAGUGCAUACGUAUUUACGAUGUUUAUCGUUAUGAUGAAUAUUAUGGGUGGUUUGGCUGUGGCAGAAGUCAAAAGCUAUCGUUUAAAUGCUAAAAGAGAACAUUUACGAGCACGUAUUGGUCUUGUUUUAGGUUUUCAAGCACAUUUAGGUGGACUUUGUGAAACUUUUGGUAAUAUAAUGAGUCGUUUGUGUAGAAAUGCUCGAUAUAUGAACAUUUGGGAAAAAUCAAAUAUUUUUCCAAUAAAACAUGAUUUACGUAAACUUGAAAUACGUUCAAUUGUCAUCAAUGUUCCGAAUAGUGUUAAUUCGACACUUUUUGCUCCAAUAUCACCACAAAAGCGCCGUGGUGCUGCUAUGCAUACACAGUCGAUAGUAUCAACAUCACCUACUCCUAUGGGAAUAUUUGAACAGAUACAAACAGAAACAGGCUAUUAUUAUCAUCAAGAUGUAACACGUAAUGAUAGUCUAUUUAAUGAAGACGAAAAUACACGUUUAAUAAGAAAAACAGACGAUAUACGAGAUGCUGUUGAAGAAUCAGGAAUACGAACAAAUAAUGAAAUAAGAAAAAUAGCGUUAAGCUUGCAAAAUGAAUUAGAAGAUAUUAAACGAAGAUUGAUUCGACAACAAUCUCAAAGUAAUAACUAA